AUAAACCGUGGUUUCUGACCGAUAUGAGUGACACCCCCACUGAGGAGAACGAGAAACGACCCCAGUUCGGAACCCGCCUACUUACGGACUCUGACGACGUGUUCAAGCACAAUGCUUGGUAAAUAUGGGAUGCAAAUCCUCCGGAGAUUGGCCAGCAAAACUUGGGAGCACACUCGCCAGCGCAAGAAACCGGCAGGAGCGGGUAGUCGGGUGCUCACCGAUGCGCGAGAGGUGUUUGAGUUUAACGCCUGGGACCACGUGCAAUGGGACGAGGAGCAGGAACUAGCCGCUCAGGCAGCUGUGGCCAAGAAUUCGGCCAGCAAGAUGGAAGCGGAGCAGAAGGACCGUUUCCAGACAGACGCUCCCAAGUUCUGGGAUUCAUUUUAUGGGAUUCACGAUAACCGCUUCUUCAAGGAUCGUCACUGGCUGUUCACAGAGUUUCCAGAACUAGCUCCUUUGGCGGCGGAAACGAAGGAGCAGCAGCAUCGCAGCAUCUUCGAACUCGGCUGUGGCGUUGGAAACACCAUUCUACCUCUGCUGAAUUACAGUUCGGAAGCGAAACUGAAGGUUUUUGGGUGCGACUUCUCAGCAAGGGCAAUUGAAAUCCUGCGUGGGCAGCCCCAAUUCGACGAGAAGCGUUGCAAUGUGUUCGUAAUGGAUGCCACUCUGGAUCAGUGGCAAGUGCCAUUUGAGGAGAACUCGCAGGACAUAAUUGUAAUGAUCUUUGUGCUGUCUGCCAUUGAACCAAAGAAAAUGCAAAGGGUGCUGGACAAUUGCUAUCGCUAUCUGAAACCAGGAGGCCUGCUAUUGUUCCGGGAUUACGGAAGGUACGACCUGGCACAGUUGCGAUUCAAAAGUGGAAAGUGUUUGGAGGACAACUUCUAUGUGCGAGGCGAUGGCACGAUGGUGUACUUCUUCACGGAGGAGGAACUGCGGGGUAUGAUGACCCAAGCAGGGCUUACGGAGGAGCAACUCAUUGUGGACCGCAGGCUGCAGGUCAAUCGGAGUCGAGGCUUAAAGAUGUACCGCGUUUGGAUUCAGACAAAGUUUAAAAAACCGCUUUAGUUUAUUUAAGUACAGAGGGAAAACAUAGAAUAUAAAAUCGUAUAGCCAAUUUAUUAUAUUCAAAACAUUUUAAAAUAAUAAAGUCUAUGCAUUUGUAGUUUUAAAUGAC